AUGGAUGCCGAUGAUCUAUCAAAAACUUCCAAAGUUCGCCCGUUGAGCAAUGUUCUUCAUAUUUUAUUGUUUCUCUUAGUUGUUAAAUAUAGUCUGUUUUUGACAAUUAUUCGUUUAUUAUGGUUAUUUGGUUUAACAUUAUGUGGUCCAUUGCGAACCAUUCUAUUAUAUGAACAUAGUGAUAUUGUUAUCUUAGCAUGUUUUACAUCUUUAUUUUCUACAGCACAACAAAAAAAUACUUCAAGAAUUAGAGGAACAGUUUUUUUAUUGUUGGCCGUUUUAGCCAUAUUUGCAUUUGACAAUGAUGAUGUUAGGCAAAGGGUGUUAGAUCAUCCUGAAGGUUAUUUACAUCAUCAAAUAUUUAGUCAUUUAUUUUAUCGUCUAACAUCCCUAAUCGGAGUUGCUGAUCAUAAAGGCGGUGUCAUUCUAUUAUUAAUCGCUCUACUUUUACGUUGUGCAAUAAAUAAUUUAAAUAGAGAACUAGUUUUAGACAUUGGUGGUCCAAAACGAUUUUAUGCAUUAACAACGUGUAUAUCAACCAUCUUUCUCGCACCAUUAUCACUUGUCGUGCUUAUCACGAGUAAAAUUGUACCCAGUUCAAUAACAACAGUAGUAAAUGAUGUUACAACAUCAACAAAUUCUUUAUCAGAUUAUAGUACCGAUUUAUUUUCAUCUUACAUUAUACCAAUUGUUUUAAUAAGUAUAUUUUUAUUUGUAUUCGAUUUUUAUUGUGAACAAAUAAGUGUAACAAAAUUAGAUAAACCACGUACAUAUAGUUAUUCUACUUAUACAAUGAUCCUUAGCGGUCUAGUAAUUAGCCUGUUUUGGAGUGGAAAUAUAUCGAGAAGCACUAUUAACUUAACAUCAACUGAACUAGGUCAACAAACCGGUGAACAUGCCUUAUCAGGAGGAGUCAUAUUUGCCAUUAUUAUGUUAUUAUUUUCAACCGAUCUUCUAUCAUAUCCGUUACAAACGCGUUCUGGAGCAUUUAUCGGUUAUUCAUCUAUUGGUAAACCACUAUUUCAUGCCGUAGAACGUUCAUCAUCACAUUCAUUUAUAAUGGUAUUAAAAUCAGGAUUACGAGAAAUAUUAGCACAAAGUGAUUCAAGAAGAAUAUUUUAUUUUCUAUGUAUUAAUUUAAUGUUUACAUUUGUGGAAUUAUUAUAUGGAGCAUGGACAAAUAGUUUAGGUUUAAUAUCAGAUGGAUUUCACAUGUUAUUUGAUUGUACAGCAUUAGUUAUGGGUUUAUAUGCAUCACUGAUGUCAAGAUGGAAACCAACACGAGUUUUCUCAUAUGGUUAUGGAAGAGUAGAAGUAUUAUCGGGUUUUGUCAAUGGUUUAUUUUUAGUUGUAGUCGCGUUUUUUGUAUUUUAUGAAGCAAUUGGAAGAAUAUUCGAACCACCCACAAUCAAUACUGAUCGCUUGUUGGCCGUAGCGGUUGCCGGUUUCGCUGUAAAUAUGAUUGGUUUAUUUUCAUUUAGUCAUGCUCAUUCACAUGGUGGUGGUAGUAGUCAUUCACACGGUGGUGGUAGUAGCCAUUCACAUGCUGGUGAUAGUAGUCAUUCACAUGGCGGUGGUAGUAGUCACUCGCAUAAUAAUUCUCACGAUCAUUCACAUUCACACGGUCACGAUCACGGUCAUUCACAUACUGAAACAUCCCAUGGCCAUAGUCAUUCAUUAACGAAUAAUGCCAAUAUGAAAGGUGUAUUUCUUCACGUACUCGCUGAUACAUUGGGUAGUGUAGGUGUCAUUAUUUCAUCGUUAUUAAUUCAAUAUUUUGGAUGGUAUAUAAGUGAUCCUCUUUGUUCAUUAUUUAUCUCUAUCAUGAUAUUUCUGUCUGUACUACCACUAUUGAAAGAUUCGGCAAUGACUCUGCUAUUAGAAACACCACCGGAUAUACAAAUAGCGUUGGAUAAAAUUCUUCGUAUUGAAAAUGUACAAUCGUUUUCAAAUGAACAUUUUUGGGCAUUAUCAUCAUCACAAUUAAUUGGAACUAUUCACAUACAAAUAGCGAAGGAUGGAGACGAACAAAGGAUAACGUCACAAGUUCAAGCGAUCUUAAAAGAAAAUCAAGUGACAAAUAUUGCCAUACAAAUCGAGAAACAGGUAUUUUUCAAUCAUUUACAAGGUUUAAAUUCUGCACUUGGACAAUUAUCAUAUUCGCAAAGAACAUUUUCAUCUAAUUGA